AGUGAAUGAACGCUAGACUGGAGUGAGCAGACCGCGACUGUAGGAGACGCUUCAUUUCGUUUGUGCAUCGAUAAUAAUCUGGAUUCUUUUGCUUUGAUAAAAUCUUUUUUAAAACCCACGCUUUGAAACCGAUUUGACGUUCUACUCCUAAACCGAAAUAAGCGGAGAUCAUAUAGUCGGGGCAUCCAGCUGACAUCCACCGAGCAGACGCGAGUCUUCACCGGACUGAGCUCGCCAUGUCCUCCGGGGAUGAGUCGGAGCAGAGCCGGCGCUGCUGUGUUCUGUCGUGGGAGCAGGUGCAGCGUCUGGACUCCAUCCUGGGAGAAUGUGUCCCGAUCCACGGCCGAGGAAACUUCCCUACACUCUCCGUUCAGCCACGGCAUAUCGUGCAGGUGGUUCGUGCUCGUCUGGAGGAGCGAGGCGUAGUGGUGCGGGAUGUGAAGCUGAAUGGCUCAGCUGCCAGUUAUGUGCUCCACCAGGACACUGGACUUGGCUACAAAGAUCUGGACCUGAUCUUUGGUCUGAGUCUGACCGAUGACAGGACCUUCCGUCUGGUGAAGGACGUGGUCCUGGACAGCCUCCUGGAGUUCCUGCCUGCCGGCGUGAGCCGGGACCGCAUCAACGCCCUGACCCUGAAGGAAGCGUAUGUGCAGAAGCUGGUGAAGGUUUGCAAUGACACGGACCGCUGGAGCCUCAUCUCACUUUCCAACAACACUGGCAAAAACGUGGAGCUAAAAUUUGUGGAUUCCCUGCGACGGCAGUUUGAGUUCAGCGUGGACUCUUUUCAGAUCGGCUUGGACUCGCUGCUGCUUUUCGACCGCUGCUCCGAGACACCCAUGUCCGAGAGUUUCCAUCCCACUGUGCUUGGAGAGAGCAUGUUUGGAGACUUUAAAGAAGCGUUGGGACACCUACAUGCCAAAAUCAUCGCUACGCACAGCCCGGAAGAGAUCCGUGGUGGCGGGCUCUUGAAAUACUGCCACCUGCUGGUAAGAGGUUUCCGUCCAGUGUCUGAGACGCAGAUGAAGACGCUCCAGCGCUACAUGUGCUCACGCUUCUUCAUCGACUUCCCAGACAUCAAUGAGCAGCAGAGGAAGUUGGAGGCGUACCUGCAGAACCACUUUAACGGCAUGGAGCACAAAAGGUACGAUUGCCUCGUGACUCUCCAUCGUGUGGUAGACGAAAGCACCGUGUGUCUCAUGGGCCACGAGCGGAGGCAGACGCUCAUGCUCAUCUCCUCUCUGGCACUACGUGUGCUGGCCGAACAGAACGCGAUUCCUGCACUGUCUAAUAUUACGUGUUACUACCAACCGGCACCCUAUGUCAGAGACGUCAACUUCAGCAACUAUUAUGUAGCACAUGUGCAUUCGCCCAUUUCUGCCUGUAACAACUCCUAUCAGACAUGGCUGCCUUGUAGCUGAGCUAUAAAAGGACAAACACUGCUGGGGAAUAUUUACAGUUUUCAGAUGAUGUUUGGUUAAAAUCCUCAGACUUUCCAAGGGGAUUCUCAUUAAAACAUGUUGAUGUCACAACUCACAGAAAAAUAACAUAUAUUUUGUGCAAAGAAAUGACCAUUUCUCAAUUGUGAUUCUCAUUAUACUUUCAUAUUUUUUUAUGAGAAUUAAAGUGAAGAUCAAGACAUUACAGCAAAUACGAGAUAUUUUGGGAUUUGGAAAAUUCUUGUACUAAAUAUUUCUUUAAAAUUAUUUCACGCUGAAAAACAAAAAAAAUAAAAAAUAAUGGUCUUACAAGUAGGCUUAACUUUCUUUAUGCAUAAUAUUGUCAUAAUAUAAUCAUAUAUAUUAUAAUAUAUGAUUUCAUGAGAUUUUUUGUUUUUUGUUGCUUUUGUGCAAAAUUGGAUAGAGACCAAAUGUGAGAUAUUGUGUCUUAAUGUGGAUGCCACCAACCUGUUUCACUGAAUGUCAUUGGGAGGAAGGUGGAGAAAUGUCUAAAGCACUUCAUUACUCUAUGUAUGUGUAACCCAUUCAUGUUUUAUAAGUGAAACAUUUUUAAGUUAUGAAACCGCUUUUGUUGAGGUUAUGAAAAAAAAGAGAAACAAACAAAAUCAAGAAAAACAGUAUAUCUUGGAGACUAUGUUCAGUUCAGUUGCUACUUUCCUUAUUUGAAAAAACGGAGUACCAAAGACUUUACAUGUUGCAGUUUAAGUGUAAUGUUACUUCUGUGACUUCAAGUGCCUGAAACCAACUACAAACUGAUCUGUAUGUAAAUUAUAAAUGUUUAUUGUUCUGUUCUCCAGGCUACUGUAUAGUACAGUAUUUUUUUUUCAGGGUAAUGGCAUUUCCUUUCCAAAUCAUAAAAAAAGAAAUAAAGCUAAAAUUUCUCCUAGUCUUUUUCUUAUAUUUGUCGAAAUGCAUGCACAUAUAUCACAAUAAAAAGAGUACAGGAAAAUAUUCAUGGAGUGUUACAAAAUAAUAAUAACGUGAAUGUUGCUAAACUUUAGGGUGGAUGAUAUUAUUAUUAUUUAUUAGUCAAUUUAAAAACAAACAAACAAGAAACAUCUUAAGUAUUAUGACCCUAAUGAUGACAAUGAAAACAUUACCUGGAUGCCAAAUGAUUACAAGUCAUUAAAAAAAAUGACUCAGAAAAGUAGUUGUAGAUUUGAGAAAUUAUAUUUUAUUGUUAUUUUAUUAUCUAAUAAAGUGACAUUCGGAUAUUUUAAUGUCUAAAUAUGUUUUUGGGCCAUUGUAAUGUAUGUCUUUUGGGACGUGGAGGGUUUAUAUCUGUCAUAGGGCUGGCUGUGCUUGUGUUGGCCGUGUUGUGCUCAUUGUUGCUGAGGACACAGCUGAUGAACAGCUGUUAGGAGAGCAGUGAAUGUGCUGCUUGCUGAAUAUGCAGUUUAGAAACAGACGCUCCACAUGUUGUUGUACUCUGUGUAUAUGCUACAGGCCAUCAUUGAAGCACUGGCGUCAUGGUACCUAAUGUACCACUGACUAAUAAUUUCAUUCGGUGUGACAGACGGGAAACUGUGCCAUGGGCUGUUC